AUGUCUUUGAAGCCUACUCUUGUGUUCGUGCCUGGUGCAUGGCAUAGCGCUGAUACAUGGGGCAAAGUUACGGCCGAGCUGGAACCUCAAGACUAUAAGUCAAUUUGUAUCACUCUCCCUUCAACUCUUUCAGAUCCAAGAAAGGGCAUAGCGGAUGAUAUCGAUGAGGCAAGAAAGGCAAUUUUAGCUGAAACAAUGCAAGGUCGCGAUGUUGUCGUUGUGGUACACUCGUAUGGUGGAAUGGUGGGCCCAAGCGCUAUUAGAGGUCUUACUAAGGCUACAAAUGAAAGACCCGGACGUGUCACUGGCAUUGCAAUGGUGGCAACUGGUUAUUGUAUGACAGGCAUUGGCUUCCUUGAAGGUAUUGGGGGAUCUCCGCCGCCAUUUUGGAAAGCAGAUGCACAGAAAGGAUACGCUACGCUUGUUGUUGAUACAAGAGAAUUGUUUUAUCACGACCUCCCGGAAGACGAGGGCAACUACUGGGUUAGCCGACUUUUAAACCACUCAUUGAAAUCUCUCACAGACAGUGGAGAGCGUGUUUACUCAGGUUGGAAAGAUGUUCCAACUCGAUACUUGGUUACGACAGAUGACAAGACUUUUCCUACCGAAGUUCAAUUUGGUAUUGGUCAAGGUGCUAAAGAGCAAGGAGCAGAAGUUGUUAUUGAACAAAUCCAUACCAGCCACUCACCAAUGCUCAGCAAGCCAAAAGAAACAGCUGAGUUUAUCGUGAGAGCAGUGGAAUCUUUUACUAAAUGA